GCACCAGUGGUGGGGGAUCUAACCUGUCGGAGCCGCUCCAGCCAGAAUGCGGGAGACCCUGUUCAAGGACAACUUUUGGACUACAGAUUUGAUCAGCACAGUUGGAUAUGACAGCAUCGUCCAACACCUCAACGAUGGCAGGAAAAACUGCAAGGAAUUUGAGGAUUUUUUGAAAGAAAGGGCUUCUAUUGAAGAAAGAUAUGGGAAGGAUCUGAUCAACUUAUCAAGGAAGAAGCCCUGCGGCCAGACAGAGCUGAACACCCUGAGAAGAGCCCUUGAGGUUUUUAAGCAACAGGUGGACACUGUCGGUCAGGGCCAUAUCCAGCUGGCCCAGAUGCUGCGAGAAGAAGCCAGGAAAAUGGAGGAUUUCAGGGAGAAGCAAAAGCUCCACCGUAAAAAGAUUGAGCUUGUAAUGGAUGCCAUUCAUAAAAACCGGAAUUUGCAACAUAAGAAGACCCUAGAUGCGAAGAGGCUGUACGAACAGCGCUGCCGGGACAAAGAUGAGGCGGAGCAGGCAGUCCACCGGAGCGCCAACCUGGUCACACCAAAGCAACAGGAAAAGCUGUUUGUAAAGUUGGCUCAGACAAAGACGGCCCUGGAGGAUUCAGAUAGAGUGUACCAGGCAAACAUCGGCGCCCUCGAGAAGAUCAGGGAAGAAUGGCAGAAUGAACACGUCAAGGCUUGUGAGUUCUUUGAGAGCCAAGAAUGUGAACGGAUAAACUACUUCCGGAACACGUUGUGGCUUCACGUCAACCAGCUCUCUCAGGUGUGCGUGAAGAAUGAUGAUAAUUACGAGGAGAUCCGGAAGAGCCUGGAACAGUGCAGCAUCGAGAAGGACAUUGAGUGUUUCGUGAACUUCCGCAGGACCGGCGCCCUCCCCCCAGCUCCAGUGCUCUAUGAAAAUUAUUAUAACACGCAGAAGAAUGCAGCGCCAGGAAGAAAUCAAGCCCCGGCACUCGGGAGGAGGCCAAAGUUACCCAUUCCUUCCAGCGGACCAAUGGAUCCCGAGUAUUCUACUGUGGAUGGUUACAGUUUAGUACAACAUCACUAAGCCUACAGAGGAUCUUGACGUUGUUUUGCCCAGCUCUACCUCCAUGAGGAAAGUGAAUAAGAAGCCAACUGCGUGUCAAAAGCUGUGCUCUCCCCCCCCCUUCUCUCUUCAUGAUUGUGGUUUCUCUUUCGGAUGGACUAAUUCUCCUUUUGAAAUGCAGGAUCAUCCAAAGAGAUCCUUCUUGGGCAAUAGAGGAUGUGCACAAAGCAGAAGAGCGAUAAAACUUGUGACUUUCUGGCAACGAACCCCACAGACUGAUUUUUAUUUUUCCUCUUUCCAUUUCAAGGAGGGCAGUUCGGAUGACGCGUUUCUCCACGGUGAUUUUAGAACUCCACGGUGGAGUUUUUACACCACCUUUGAGAAAUGUGUUGUCUGUUGGGAAAACUCCACGCAGAAUUUCCACGCUGUGCAGAGGAGAGUUCCUGCACAACCGUCAUGUUGUGUGGAGGGCUCUGUGGAGUUUUCCGUUGCGUUGCGUUGACUUUUCCCACUGGCUACAGAGUGCCCUGGCAAGAGGGCGAAAGGAGCGCGUGCCGCUCUAGGAUUGCUGCUGGGAUUGUUGGUUUUUUUUGCAGCAAUGGCUGAUGGGAUACUAUUGGGAGGACCGGGGGAGGAAAGAGGGCGGAGGAACUGUCAACCAAACGUCGUGAUGGAUUUUACUCAACUCCAUGGUAGCCCCACAGUCGCACAAUGGUGGAGUUAGAAGGUGUUGUGUGGGAAGCACCCCCUAGAAACUCAACCGCUGAGUGGAGUUUUCACACUGCGUUGACCUAACAUGUUGUCUGAACUGAGCCGGUGUCUUUGUGUUUAGAGUAUUAGGUUUGGAUAUGUGAAUCUUAAGCUCAGAUCCUCAAGUAGUGAUGAAACCUACUGGAGAUCCUUGUACAAGUUGCUGUUUCUCUGGCUGACCUACCUCACAGGGUUGUUGUGAGGGUAAAAUGAGAGAUUCCCAUUCUGUUGUCCUGAUGUCUUUGAAAGAAGCAUGAGAUAUCACUGUGAAAGGUAUGGGGAAAGAAAAGGGCAGGAAAGGCAUUUUUCUUUUCCUUUUCUUUUUUUUACUGUUGGUCCAAGGCCCUGCGAUAUCCAGAAUAGAAGGAUGGAAGGGAUUCUUAAGUAUUUUAAACAAAAAGUAUUAAUAACAAAUCAAUAAUUCGCCUGUACGUGAUUGAAAAUCAAUAUGUGGGAAUCAAGGGACAAGGUAAUUCGUCUUCUGCACUAUUACAGGGAUUCUGAACUCUGGUAAGGCAGAGCCCAGCUUCCUGGGCAUUUCUCCUUUGGUUAAAGGAGAUUUUUAGGCCUCAUGAUGGUUGCUAGUCCUCAUCGUUUUGAGAGAUGGAAAACGGGCGGACGCUGUUUCCCUAAGAAAAGGCCGGAGAUCCAG